ACGAUUUGCACUUCUACUGCCAUUGCUAUAUUAUAUUAUUAUAGAAUUUUUGCUGGCAGAGUGCCUAGCAAUAUCUGUAAAGCUGGACAAGCUGGAAAGAAAGGUGAAACUAACGAAUAUCACAAACUUAAGCAUUGACGAUGAGGAAUUUAUCUACAAUGUCAGCGGUGACAUUGAGCACUUUAUAAACCAAAGGCAUAGUUCUAGUGUUCUACUUUUUCCACCUGUGAACAAUUUUCGCCGUUUUCUUAUACAUCAGGCAUGUGAGCAAUUUCGCCAGCAGUACGAUCUCUUCACUUUUUCAGUGGGACAGGGGCCAUUCCGCCGCACUGUAGUCUGUUUUCGGAAUCAAUUAUUGGAUCCGAAUAAAUUUACAGAGUCAACGGCAGCAGCAAACUUUGAAUCGCGAAAAAAGUCACCAGUGAAAAAUUGGCGCAGUGAGCGAAAAGCUGACGGUACCACGAACGAAAUAACUUCAGUUGCUAGACAGCACAAAAACACGCUUGUUAAGAUGGGUGUGGAGAAAAAUGGAAGCGAAACGCGUUUAAUUAAAACGAACUCAUUAGAUCUCUACCGACCGCCAGCCUUAAGAAAUUAUAAUCAAAGUGGCGCUUCGGUUGAUGCUAUAACCACAACUUAUACACUCACUGCAGCGGCGGCAGAACGUCCUUUUACAACAACCGUGGCUGACAAAUCAACUCUGUUAUCUACCUCAAUAUCAUGCAAUAAUUCUCCGACACAUGCAAAUGAGAACAACUGUUUCGAUAAUAAUGCAAUGACCUCGAGGUGCGUAAACGAGGGCCAUGGCACAACAACGACAACGACACCUAGUACAUCGGUAAUCGCAUUAGAGCCGCCAACAAGUGGCGGGGGUAUGCCAACAGCGCCAGCGACUAUCGCCGCCGUCAGUACCAGCGCUGCUCAGCAAAGGCAAUCGUCAGCUGUGAGACGUGAACGUCGACCAGAUAGAGCGGUGUAUAUUCCAAGGGCACGACGCAGUCAAACUACCCCGCCAACGACGCCAGCAGCUACAGCUGUCGAAGUAACAGUGUUACAACAACAACAUAGUAAAACAAAUGCUAUCACACCAUCGGCUGCUUCGUUAGCUCCGACGCCACCAACGACAGUUUGUAAUAAUAACAGCAACAAUAGCUGCGGCGGCAGUAAUCAGCAGCGAUUGGCAAUUACUCCGCCAGUACACAUUACAGCGUCGACCAAGCUAGACGAUAUAUCAGGAGACAAAAGUGCAGGUAUAGCAGUUGCUUGCGCCGGAAAGAAGACGAAAUCAUCUACGGUGAACAAUCGUGAACGCAGAGAACGUUCUAAAAAAUCGACUCCGCUCGCUGAGUCACAAGAGGCGAAAAUAUCAAAAUUAUCAUUGGAGAGAAUCGAAACAAAAAUAGUACGGAACGGACAUGAUUCAAUAGCAUAUAGCAGCGAUACGCGAGAAAAUCAAGCUGGUUUGAUAAGUCAACAAAAACAACUGCAUUUGAAUAGUGAUAAUUUACGAAAUAUCUUGUUACUCGAACAACAAUCAGCAGAAGAACUUCAAACUAAAGCGGAGACCUUUAUUAACAACGAAAUGAAUUCGAAUUCAAGCAGACGAAACAAAGUGAAGCAAAGUAAUACUGAAAAUGCAAGCAAAGUGCAGAAUUUACGUAUCGAAGAUGUUGCAUCAACAGAAAACGGCACAAGGAGCACAACUAAAUGUGAUGUGGAAGCACAAGAGUUCCAGCGAGCAUCGAAGGAAAUAAAUCGUAGUAAUCGACGGAUCAUUAAGCAAACAUUCGUCUCAGAUGUACUUGAAAUUCCCGAAAAAAUCGAAAAUGACAAGGAAUUUAAUCAAAGGAGUUCAAAUAAUAUCAUUUCACCAACAAACCGAUCUGGGGUAGACAGUACUACUGAAGAGGAGGAAGAGGACGACUGGGAAACUAUGUUCGAUGAUAGCGGAGAAUGUUUAGAUCCGAAAAUCAUGCAAGAACUCACAGCUUCGGUGGGCAAAGUGAAGAUCGAGUUACCCAAAAUGGAUUAUAGUGCAUAUCUUACAAAGCAGUCUAUACUCAACGAUGAAGAAUUUCCACACGUACUUGAAGUAUCAAACUUCCCUGUUGAAUUUAAAAAUCACGACCUACUUAUGGUUUUCUCACAAUACAAGGAAUCUGGUUUCGAUAUUAAAUGGGUGGAUGAUACUCAUGCCUUGGCUGUGUUCAGUAGUUCCCGAAUAGCUGCUGAAGUUUUGACCAUGGGCCAUCCAUUCGUAGUACUGAAACCAUUAGCGGAAGCUACAAUAGAAUCUCGCUUAAAGGCUAAGAAAUGUGCUGCAUCCCUGCAACCAUAUCGUCAAAGGCCCGAGACUUGUGCGGCUCUGGCACGUCGUCUUGUAACUGGUGCUUUGGGUGUACGUCUGAAAACAGCUGCCGCAGAAAGAGAGAAUGAAAAACGUGUAUUACGUGAGGCCAAAGAACGUAAGAUGUUGGCAGCAAAACAACGUGAUGAAAUAUGGGAAAGCUAGACAUCAAUGUCUGCAAGAUAUUUGUUAUACUAUUUCCUGCCUGCAUUCUAAAUAAUUAUGGACUAUAAAGAAACAAAGAAAAUCGUUUUAAAUGCGAUAAAUAGCACUGGAUAUAUCUUUUUAAAGAUAUCCCAAUAAAAUAUUUAGAUAUAAGAGAGUAAUAGAGAAUUUGUAAUUUAUAUAUGAUAAAGUUUCACAAGCAAGUGCAAUAAAUUUGCUCAAAUUUGUGAGUACACAAGUAACAAUUUGUAUUAGAUGACAAUGUACUGAAAAUUGCAAUAUUGAUCACAAAAUGCAUGUAUAUUUUUGCAAUUUUUUAGUGCGUAAAUUGUAAGUUAUGGAGAAGAGAUCUAUAUAAAAUCCAUGCAAUUUUUCGAUGUAAGUGAUUUUAUUGUAUGUAUUUUAUAAUUGAGUAGUUAUUUGUUUAUAAGAGGAUAUUUUGAAAAUAAAUCGUGAUAAAACCAAA